AUGGCGAUGGCGAUGGCGCUGGCGCUGGCGCGCGAGACGGAGGAAUACGGAAGCAAACAAGAGCACGCUGGUGGAAGGCUGCCAGCCAAAGCCAAGAGUGACACGUGCCCCAGCGUCGGGGAACCAUCUGCUAUCAUUUUGUUUCCUUCAAAUGGGACAGAAAUAUGGCGGAUUGAAGAUUUUAAGCCAGUUGCGCUACCAAAAUCUGAUUAUGGUAAAUUCUACUGUGGAGAUUCAUACAUAGUUCUGCAGACGACCUGUACUAAAGGUGGUGCCUAUCUAUACGAUAUCCACUUCUGGAUUGGGAAAGAUUCGAGUCAAGAUGAAGCUGGGACUGCAGCCAUCAAGACAGUUGAACUCGAUGCCAUCCUUGGGGGUCGUGCAAUCCAACAUAGGGAACUCCAAGGUUAUGAAUCUGACAAAUUCUUGUCAUACUUCAAGCCUUGCAUUAUACCUUUGGAGGGUGGUUUCGCCUCUGGGUUCAAAAAGCCUGAAGAGGAGAAGUUUGAAACACGGUUGUAUAUUUGCAGAGGGAAGAGAGCUAUUCGGGUUAAAGAGGUUCCCUUUGCCCGGUCAUCAUUAAACCAUGAUGAUGUGUUUGUCUUAGAUACUGAAAAUAAGAUAUACCAGUUUAAUGGUGCUAACUCCAAUAUCCAAGAAAGGGCCAAAGCGUUGGAAGUAAUCCAACAUUUAAAGGAGAAGUACCAUGGGGGUGUUUGCGAUGUUGCGAUCGUUGAUGAUGGGAAAUUACAAGCAGAGUCAGACUCUGGUGAAUUCUGGGUCCUUUUUGGAGGUUUUGCACCAAUUGGGAAAAAAACUGUGAGUGAUGAUGAUGUUGUACUUGAAACUACAGCACCAAAGCUGUACAGCAUCAAUGAUGGCCAAUUGAAGCUGGAAGAAACAGCUCUUACAAAAGCUGUGCUUGAAAAUACCAAAUGUUUCUUACUUGACUGUGGGGCUGAAAUAUAUGUAUGGGUUGGCCGGGUAACACAAAUGGAGGAUAGAAAAUCUGCCACUAAAGCAGUUGAGGAAUUCCUUAUUAAUCAAAAGCGUCCAAAGACAACGAGGGUAACUCAAGUGAUUCAAGGUUAUGAGAGUCAUGCUUUCAAGUCCAAGUUUGAAUCAUGGCCAGUGGGUAAUGCUGCUGGGAGCCCUGGCGCAGAAGAAGGGCGGGGAAAAGUUGCAGCUUUAUUGAAGCAACAAGGUGUUGAUCUCAAGGGAGCUGCAAAAAGCACCACUCCAGUAAAUGAGGAAGUUCCUCCUUUGCUUGAAGGCGGUGGAAAGCUUGAGGUAUGGUGCGUUGAUGGCAAUGCUAAGACUGCCCUGCCAAAAGAGGACAUUGGAAAGUUUUACAGUGGAGACUGUUAUAUCAUUCUCUAUACGUAUCAUUCAGGCGACAAGAAAGAAGAAUACUAUCUCAGCUACUGGAUUGGGAAGGAUAGCUUGGUGGACGAUCAAGUGUCAGCAUCUCAAAUAACUAACACAGUGUGGAAUUCAUUGAAAGGACGGCCAGUUCUGGGCCGUAUAUACCAAGGGAAGGAGCCACCACAAUUUGUUGCUCUUUUCCAGCCCUUGGUUAUCUUGAAGGGUGGAAUUGGAUCUGGGUACAAGAAGCUCAUAGAAGAAAAGGGUGCGACGGGUGAAACUUAUACUACUGAAGGCAUAGCUCUAAUUCGAGUAUCUGGGACAUCUAUCCACAACAACAAGACUCUUCAAGUUGAUGCGGUGGCAACGUCUUUAAGCUCAAUGGAGUGUUUUGUACUGCAAUCUGGAAACGCUAUGUUUACAUGGUUUGGCAAUUCUAGCACAUACGAGCAACAGCAGUGGGCAGCAAAAGUUGCUGAAUUUUUGAAGCCUGACGUUGCAGUGAAGCACUGCAAGGAGGGGACAGAGAGUUCUGCUUUCUGGUUUGCACUUGGAGGAAAACAGAGUUAUACAAAUAAAAAUGCUCCUCAGGAUAUUAUUACUAGAGAGCCUCACUUGUAUGCAUUCUCAUUCAAGAACGGGAGACUGGAGGUUACUGAGAUCUUCAACUUUUCCCAAGAUGAUUUGUUAACUGAAGACAUGAUGAUACUGGACACACAUGGUGAGGUUUUCAUUUGGAUUGGUCAGUGCGUAGAAUCAAAAGAGAAACAGAAAGCAUUUGAUAUCGGCCAGAAAUACGUGGAGCAUGCAAAUUCUAUUGAAGAUCUUUCUCCAUAUGUACCACUAUAUAAAGUCAUGGAAGGGAAUGAGCCAUGCUUCUUCAAGACGUACUUCUCUUGGGAUAACACAAAAUCUUUGGUUCAUGGAAAUUCCUUCCAGAAGAAACUCUCUCUACUUUUUGGAUUGCGUUCUGAGGGUGCACCUAGGAGCUCUGGUAAUGGUGGACCAACUCAGAGGGCAUCUGCAUUAGCGGCUCUAUCAUCCGCAUUCAAUCCAUCGUCUCAACAAAGGCUGUCUAAUGAGAGGCCUAAAAGCACAGGCGAUGGACCAACUCAGCGUGCCUCAGCACUGGCUGCCUUAUCUAAUGCAUUCAAUGCAUCCUUAAAACCCAACAAAACACCACCUCCAUCUCGCUCAGGUCAAGGUUCUCAAAGAGCAGCUGCCGUAGCUGCACUAUCCUCUGUGCUGACUGCUGAGCAAUCUGGGUCAUCAGAAAAUCUUCGAGCAAAAGCUAGCAGCACAGCUGAUAAGACUGAUGUCGACAGGGUUGUCAUAACUCCAGCUGGGCCAUCUGGUCCAUCUUCUCCUCAGUCUGAAGCUGGGGAGUCCAAUGUGUUUCACCAGGAAAAAGAUGCUGCAGUAGAUGGGGCACCAUCUGGCACAGAUGGAGCAGUGGCUGAGGCCCCAUUGGAAGAAACAACAGAGAAUGUUGGUGAAGCGACAUUUAGCUAUGACCGCUUGAUAUCCAAAUCUACCGAUCCAGUUCGUGGGAUAGAUUACAAACGUAGAGAGGCAUACCUAUCAGAUAGUGAAUUCCAAACUGUUUUUGGCAUGACUAAGGAUGCAUUCUACCAACAGCCAAAUUGGAAGCAAGAACUACAGAAGCGAAAAGCAGAUCUCUUCUAA